CAGGUGAUCUGUGUGCGUAGGUUAAUAUUUACUUUAGCCAGUGGAUUAUAGAUUAAUAAGGAGCUUUUGUUUCAAUUCAGCAUUUUCAUCCAACACGAGAACAUAUACAUAUAUUAUGCUUCUCUCUCUUAAGAUAUGGACAAGUGGAAGAUAACUGCAUUAUUAUUAAUUUUUUUAUGUUUUUUCUUAUUCGCUACUAUUCUUGCAUGUUUUUACAUAUGGUGUAAAAGGAAUAAUGAGAGAAGAAGAAAAGAAGAUUAUCAGGAUAUGGAUGAAGAAGAAAGAAGAUAUACUACAAAAAGAGUUUGGAAAUCAAUUCAGGAAAAUGAAGUUGAUGUAGUCCUGUUCCCUGACACAGCACACCAUGAGCUUUCUUUGAGUGAUGAUGCAUCUCAAGUACGAUUCACAGGAAGUACACAAGGCCCAGACAGGUGGUACUGUGUCACAGGCAGCAACUGGUUUACAAAAGGAAACUGCUACUGGGAGGUGGAGGUGGGAGAAAAGGCCAGCUGGGCCCUUGGACUGGCAACUGAGAGAAUCAAAGAGAGCAGAGUCAUUCCUGAGAACCCUGAAAAUGGAUUCUGGAUCAUCCGUCUUUGUGGCGGGAAGAAGUUUGAGGCCGUCUCAAGCACAGUCAGUGCACUACAUGGAAAACCCAAGAAAGUAGGGAUAUACAAGACAACUAAAGAGCUGUCCUUCUAUGAUGCAGAGAUGAGAACUUGUAUUCAUACAUUUUAUAUUGAGUACCCUGGAGUGCUGUAUCCUGUCUUCAGUCCAGGGUCACGUGACAAGGGACCGCUGAUCAUCAAAAAAAUAAAAGGAAAAAAGUAACAUGGUAUGGAUUAAAGAAAGAAUAUUGCAUUUAAUUUUUAAAUUUUAACUGCAGCAGUUUAACAUAUUCUUCUUUAUGAAACACAGCCUGUCAUUUGCUCUGUUCUGUAGUGACAAUUUUUAUUGUUAAGUUUAACUAAAUGAUGUUAUCUUACUUACUAGAUGAUCUGCUCAAAUUCACAGGUACAUUCUGGAGACUGCAGUGGAUUUAUUCAUAGCAUCCCAAGAAAUAGUUGAUUUUACAUUAUGCCAAAAUAAAAAAAAAUGCAUGCUUCAUUGUGGCAGUUCAUUAAGUAGUUACAGCUAUUUCAUCAGCUCGAUGGUCCUGGAUUUAAAUCCUGACCUGGGCAAGCUCAAUGUGGAUUUGUAUGCAAUCAUGUUGGUUUUCUCCAGUUAUUCUAGUUUUACUCCCACAUCCUCAAAAAUGUACAUAUUAUGUGAAUUGGCUUUUCUAUAUUGCCAAAGAGUUAAUAUGUAGAGAACUGAGAGCCCUUACAGGGCUUGUUGCAGACAUUUGUCAAAGAGAAGACUCUAAAAUAAGUGGACUAGUGGAAUAACAAUAAGGGAAAUUGUAACACCAUUUUGCUUAUACCAUUAGUAUUUUUUAUUUUUGCAAAGAUAAAUCUAGAAAAAUAAAUUUUUGGUUUAAUUUUUAAAUCAUGCUUCUUGUGAUAUAAUUAGUUUUAGUGGUUCAUUUACUCAUACUCUUGGUCAUACUGAGAACAAGUGCCCAGUUGGCAAGAGGUUACUUGGGUGAGGACACUACUAGGAUGACACAGGGCCGAUUAAAAUUCAUAAACUUUUUUAAGAUGACAUAUGAACUGAUAUUAUUUUGAAAUCUAACUUUAUGGACUCUUUAAUGCUCUUGUUUUAGACUUUGUCAUACUUCUUCCUUUCUCUCUAGAAGCCACAUCUUAGGUAGCUUAGCCCUUUUAAGCAAUGAUGAAGACACUCACAUUUCCAUGCCUACUCUAUCUGCCAGGGGAUGCUUGCUUCUUUCCAUGUCCUUUAGAGCUGUUGCCACAUUACAUGACUGUUACUCAUGAGGCAUGUCAGAUUUGCAGACUGUAUUUACUGACGUCGUCACCCAUCAUGUCAAUUUACAUGACAGAACUUCACUGGCCAUGUCACAUUUGGCGACUGCAUGCUGUUCUAUAAGCAUAAUAAUGUGCUGCCUGACAGAGCAGUUUUUGUAUGAAUGUUUAACAGGUUUAUUAUCCUAGGUGGCAGGUUUCAUAGCCAUGACCAUAAGGUAGGUUACAUAUUUGUUCUUGUCUGAGAUCAAAAGUUAGCUUGUUAUCAAUGAUUGUCCCUAAAUAUUUGUAUUGCUUUAAUUAAAAUUGAGGUAGUAAGAGGAGGCCAACACCUAAAAUCUAUAAGUGUACUAUAGAGAUUGUUGUGAUGUGAGAUUUUACAUAUAACUUGAUGAAUAUUUUGUACUGUAUAUCUUUAUUUGUAAUUUAGACAAAGCAGUGUAAUUUAGUGUUUACCCCCCCCCACCCCCCCACCCCCCUUAGGAAUGGGUCUAUUUAAAUUUUACGACAGGAUUUGGGGGAUGUGUGUUUUAAACCAGUUUGGCAAGUGUUUCCUUGCUAAAGUCAUUUCUACCCCCGCAAAUGGGCUAAGGUUUACUUUAACAUAUGGUUUGGGGGCAGGUGUUAAGAUGUUCUAUUUCCCCCAUUGGUCUGAAGUAUGGCUGUUUGGAAUUGGCUUGGUUCAGAAGCCUUUAAGUACCAUGAUGUGCUAUUGGCUCUCGGGGUUGGACAGAACAUAUAUAAAUGUAUGUGUUUAACCUCAGUAUCUCUCUCUUACCAACCAACAUAUGAUGAAGAAGCAUCUCUCUUGCUAACCUGAUGAUGAAGACCACACAAUGAAGAGAACAGCUCAGCAGCCAUUUUGAACAGGCAUGUGGCUGAAAGCUGAGCACCAAUGAUGCCUUAACUAGAGACAUUUAAGUAACUACAAGUCUGUGCCGCCUGAAUUACAUAUCACCAUUUAAUCAGGUUGUAUGGUUGCCAAUAUUCAAAUGUACUUUGCAUUUUGUUAUUAUUUAUGAAUAUUAUCAAUAAUACUAAUACAUUGUUUAAACUGUAA